UCCGGACGGGCGGCUUGUUGAUAAUAUGGCGGCAGGAGCUGCCUGGGCAUCCCAAGGAGGCGGUGGAACCCACACCCGGAAGAAGGGUCUCUUUUCCGACUAGUGCCUGGCUCCUGCGGACCCGGAAGUCCGGGCCAGUUGCUGAAUGAGGGGAGCCGGACCUUCUCCGCGACAGUCCCCCCACACCCUCCGCCCCGACCGGGGCCCCGCCAUGUCCUUCUUCCGGCGGAAAGUGAAAGGCAAAGAACAAGAGAAGACCUCAGAUGUCACGUCCUCUAAAGGUGAGUGUAUAGAACAAGAUGCAGUGAAUACUUUUACCAAAUAUAUAUCUCCAGAUGCUGCUAAACCAAUUCCAAUUACAGAAGCAAUGAGAAAUGACAUUAUAGCAAAGAUUUGUGGAGAAGAUGGACAGGUAGAUCCCAACUGUUUCGUUCUGGCACAGGCCAUAGUCUUUAGUGCAAUGGAACAAGAGCACUUUAGUGAGUUUCUGCGAAGUCACCAUUUCUGUAAAUACCAGAUUGAAGUGCUGACCAGUGGAACUGUUUACCUGGCUGACAUUCUCUUCUGUGAGUCAGCCCUCUUUUAUUUCUCUGAGUAUAUGGAAAAAGAAGAUGCAGUGAAUAUCUUACAGUUCUGGUUGGCAGCAGAUAACUUCCAAUCUCAGCUUGCUGCCAAAAAGGGCCAGUAUGAUGGACAGGAGGCACAGAAUGAUGCCAUGAUUUUAUAUGACAAGUACUUCUCCCUCCAAGCCACACAUCCUCUUGGAUUUGAUGAUGUUGUGCGAUUAGAAAUUGAAUCCAAUAUCUGCAGGGAAGGUGGGCCACUCCCUAACUGCUUCACAACACCAUUACGUCAGGCCUGGACAACCAUGGAGAAGGUCUUUUUGCCUGGCUUUUUGUCCAGCAAUCUUUAUUAUAAGUAUUUAAAUGACCUCAUCCAUUCCGUUCGAGGAGAUGAAUUUCCUGGAGGGAAUGUUUCACUGGCUGCUCAUAGCUCUGUAGGCCUUCCAGAUGAGUCUCACUCGGGAGGUUCCGAUAGCUCCACCUCUCAGUCCAAUGUGAAAAAAGCCAGUAUUAAAAUUCUGAAAAAUUUUGAUGAAGCAAUAAUUGUGGAUGCUGCAAGUUUGGAUCCAGAAUCUUUAUAUCAACGGACAUAUGCAGGGAAGAUGACAUUUGGAAGAGUCAGUGACUUGGGGCAGUUCAUCCGAGAAUCUGAGCCUGAACCUGAUGUAAAGAAAUCAAAAGGCUCCAUGUUCUCACAAGCUAUGAAGAAGUGGGUACAAGGAAAUACUGAUGAGGCCCAAGAAGAGCUAGCUUGGAAGAUUGCUAAAAUGAUAGUCAGUGAUGUUAUGCAGCAGGCACACUAUGAUCAACCAUUAGAGAAGUCUACAAAGCUAUGACUCAAGACAACACAUAAGGAAAUCUGCUUUUGAAAAGAGAACUUUCUCCUUUGGUUGGAAUCUUCAACACAGCCAAUGAAAACAGAGCACUGUAUUCGAGUUCACUGGUAGAUCACUAUUGGUUCCAUGAAAGAAUAGGAGACAAUCCUAAAUUUCCACCAUAAUGCAGAGUAACAUAUAGACACAAAUGAUGCACAUGAUAUUCACACAGUGAGUCACAAAAAUACAAAGUGGUAUUGUUGACAUUAUUAGAAAUUUAAUAGUUUUCCAGUGGCCAGUAGUCCACUUAGGAUAGAGUUACCCACUGGGACAGGGACCACAUCUUGUGAGAGGUAGAUAAACACCAAGCUGGUAUUUGAUGCAAAUUCUUGUAGCAGGAAUCCUUUCCUGGCAGUAGCAGAAAAUACAUGGCAGAGGUGCUUGCUUUGUCUCCUAAAAUAACCAUUUCAGUUCUACCCACAAAAAGCCAGCCAGCUCCAAGUGGCAGUAUGGGGCCAGCAGCUUAGAAAAAGGUAAGGAUUCUUAUGUAGUGUACUGCACAGAGGCACAUAUUUAGAAGGAAACUGACAAGGCACAAGUCAAGCUUCAGUGACGUUAUCCUUCUCUUUGGAGGCAGUAUGCAAUUUUGACAUUAUACUUGCUUCUGAGAUGCAGUAUCAUUACAGUCUCUCCCCUGCUAACAAAAAGGGCAAAAUUUGUUUGAGCAUUAGACUUGUUCCUCUGGAAUUCUGCACUCCAGUUGCCGGGAAAUGCAAUGAUCACUCCAGUUUUUCCUUGAACAAAAUGGUUAUUUCCAGAUUGUACUUCAAAAAAAAAAUAAGAUAGGGAGAAAGGCCUCCCCCUUCUUUGCUAUGAAUGGGAAGUGUGCAGUUGGUCAUUUUCCUUUCUGUCUUCAUGACAGUAUGGGACACUUUCUCUCCUUCUGCUUAGUUGGCUUUGCUUCAGAAUUGCACAGCCAUGGUCAGGGCCUUCUAGUUGGCAAGCACAGUCCACCAAUCUUCUCUUAGGUGUUACUGCUUUUACUGAGACUUUACAAAAAUAAAAAUGAAUAUAUAUAUAUAUAUAUAAGUAUAUAAUUAUCACCUCUGUCCUUGAGAAAGUCUUGAAUGAAUAGAGAAUUUAUUCCGUUGCAAUAUUGAUUGUAUACAGGCACACCGUUUUAUCAACAGAAGAAACAAAAAGGCUGUGUAUAAGUUUUUGGUACUAUGUACCACCUCUGUUAUUCUUCUAAAGUUGAAGUAUUCAUGUACUUAAACAUUAUUCUAUUUAAUUGUGUUUGAUUUUAAAUAUAUAAAUAUGAAUUCUAUUUAAGAUGGUGUCAACUUUUUGCUUUCAGGGUAUCUGUGGUUCUUUGGUUGAAAUAUAUCGAUCUUUCCUAAUAAUAACACUUGCUUUACAAAAACCCGGAACAUGAGCCAUUUAGCCUUGUGUUCAGAAUGUAGGAAUAGGACUGAGGUUUUUAUUAGGUAUGUAUGUUGUGAUUAGCUCAUUUUGUUGUUUUAACAAAAUAUUUCUAUCCAUUUUACAUUGUUUCACACUUCAAAAAGAAAGCAAUAUAAAAGUCAGAGAAUAAAAUGUGGUUUGGAGUAAC